UCUCAACCUGUUUCCUCCUCCUCCUCCCGCGGCUCCUCGGCACUCCCGUGCGCGGCGGCGGAGCGCCCAGGCGCAGCCCGGCAGCAGGGCGCGGCGGCGGGCGCGGGCUCGGUCUCCCCCGUCCUCCUUCCCCAGCGGCCGGUACGAGGAUGUCCCGGAGACCCCGGCACAGUAUAUAUAGUAGUGAUGAUGAUGAAGAAGAUGUUGAGCUCUAUGAUCACGACUAUGAUGGUCUGCUUCCCAAGACUGGAAAACGCCACUUAGGAAAAACCAGGUGGACCCGUGAGGAGGAUGAGAAGCUGAAGAAGCUUGUGGAGCAGAAUGGCACAGAAGACUGGAAAGUCAUUGCCAAUUUCCUUCCUAAUCGGACAGAUGUUCAGUGCCAGCACCGAUGGCAGAAGGUACUAAACCCAGAACUUAUCAAAGGUCCCUGGACUAAAGAGGAGGAUCAAAGGGUAAUAGAGCUCGUGCAGAAAUACGGUCCAAAGCGCUGGUCUGUCAUUGCUAAGCAUUUGAAGGGAAGGAUUGGAAAACAGUGCAGGGAGAGGUGGCACAACCAUUUGAAUCCAGAAGUGAAGAAAACCUCCUGGACAGAAGAGGAAGAUAGAAUUAUUUACCAGGCACACAAGAGGCUGGGAAACAGAUGGGCAGAGAUUGCAAAGUUGCUGCCUGGACGAACUGAUAACGCUAUCAAGAACCACUGGAACUCCACCAUGCGCCGGAAGGUCGAGCAGGAGGGCUACCUGCAGGAGUCCUCCAAAGCCUGCCACUCCUCAGCAGCUGCUGGCUUUCAGAAGAACAACCACCUGAUGGCCUUUGCUCACAGCGCGUCGCCGCCCGCGCAGCUGCCGGUGGGCAGCCAGCCCCCGCUGGGCAGCGACUACCCCUACUACCACCUCCCCGAGCCUCAGAACGUUCCUGGUCAGAUCCCGUAUCCAGUCGCACUGCAUGUAAAUAUUGUCAAUGUACCUCAGCCAGCUGCUGCAGCUAUCCAGAGACACUAUAAUGAUGAAGACCCUGAGAAAGAAAAGCGAAUAAAGGAAUUAGAGUUGCUACUAAUGUCGACUGAGAAUGAACUGAAAGGGCAGCAGGCAUUACCAACACAGAACCACACAUCAAACUACCCCGGCUGGCACAGCACCACAAUUGCUGACAGUACCAGGACCAGUGGUGACAGUGCACCUGUUUCCUGUUUGGGGGAGCAUCACCACUGUACUCCAUCUCCACCGGUGGAUCACGGUUGCUUACCUGAGGAAAGUGCAUCCCCUGCCCGGUGCAUGAUUGUUCACCAGAGCAACAUCCUGGACAAUGUUAAGAAUCUCUUAGAAUUUGCUGAAACACUCCAGUUAAUAGACUCCGAUCCUUCAUCAUGGGGUGAUCUCAGCACUUUUGAAUUCUGUGAAGACACAGACACUCCGGCUAGCAGAGCUCCCCCAGGCAAAGCCGCACAGCUUCAGCAGAGAGGGGCCAGUGCUUGCAGACCGCAAGGACAGCCCACCACAAAUUUGAGCAAAGUCAUGUCGAGUCAGGGCUCUCUUGGCUCACCAAAGACCUUAUGUGCCUCCCAGGGCAGCGUGGCUCCGUGGCUCCUUCUUCGCAAAAGGAGAGAGCACUGCGGCCCCUCAGCCAGUGGCCACGGUAGCGCCUUGGUCCGAGCUGAUGCCAGCAGCUCAACUCCUCCUAAGCGCUCCCCUGUCAAAAGCCUGCCCUUCUCUCCCUCGCAGUUCCUAAACACCUCAUCCACUCACGAAAACUUGAACCUGGAGAACCCUGCACUUACCUCCACGCCGGUGUGUGGCCAUAAGAUGGCAGUUACCUCCCCGUUCCACAGGGACCAGGCUUUCAAAGCUCAGAAGGAAAACCAUGUUUUCAGGACUCCAGCAAUCAAGAGGUCGAUAUUAGAAAGCUCUCCAAGAACACCCACUCCAUUCAAAAACGCACUUGCAGCUCAGGAAAUCAAAUACGGUCCUUUGAAGAUGCUGCCUCAAACUCCAACUCAUCUUGUAGAAGAUCUGCAGGACGUUAUCAAGCAGGAGUCGGAGGAAUCUGCAAUAGUUGCUGGGCUACAUGAAAGUGGACCCCCUUUGCUGAAGAAAAUCAAACAAGAGGUGGAGUCCCCAACAGAUAAAGCUGGAAAUUUUUUUUGCUCAAAUCACUGGGAAGGAGAAAACCUGAACACUCAGCUCUUUACACCUGGGUCUGCUAUGGAAGAUGUGCCAAAUCUUCUUACCAGUUCCAUUUUAAAGAUGCCUGUGUCUGAAGAUGAUGACAGUUUUCACAAAACAGUUGCAGUACCUAGAAACAGGCCACUAGCUAGUCCUCUACAGCAUCUGAACAACACCUGGGAGCCGGCGUCCUGCGGGAAGAUCGAGGAUCAGAUGGCUCUGCCAGAUCAGGCGCGCAAAUACAUGGCCACCUUCCCCACCCGGACUCUGGUGAUGUGAAAGGGUCGGCGCACAGAGAAGCAUUAUGGUUCUGAGAACACUUCACCUCCACUGGGAAAUUCCUGUUCCUCUGCAUGAGAACUUUUCAUGAAUGGGAGAAGAGCCUAUCUUUGUUGUGGUACAACAGUUGGGAGCAGCACAAAGUGCAUUUAGUCACUCAGCAUAUAUAUUCUUGUUGGAUUUCACCCAACUUAAGAGUUUGUGUUUUUUUAAUGAUACUUGCCUAAAUUAUUAGGUAUUGAGUUUGAAUCGGUAAUUAAUGAUCUUAAGUGCAGUCUUAUAGUAAAGAUAAUUUUUCUUGUACUUUUUGAGAUCAAACAGACUUAAUACACCAGUAUUGUUAUUUCAGUGAUGUGCUAGUCAGGGGUGGGGUUUAGUUUGUUUCUUUUUUUAUUUUUUAUUUUGUUUUGUAAUAAUAAAAGAGCAGGUACUCACACAGAUAUAUUUUAAAUCACUGAACAAAAUGAAUUGGUGUAAAAUACCGAAGUGAAAAGCAUUACUACAAACGCUUGUCUGUGCAAAAGGGGAAAGCUGAUCAAGAUCGUGAAUGCUCCAACAUCCAUGCCUCUUGAAAUACUCCUUUCUGUUU